CUUCCUCUCUUCCUCUUUCUCUCUCCACCUCCUCCAUCGCAAUUGCAUCGCUUUUCUUAUAAACAUCUUCUUCUUCUUUCAUACCAUCGCAAUGAGCAGCAGCUCCCAGACCCGUUCGCGGAGUGCCGCUAAGCAGGCUGAUUCCGACAUCAAUGGCCACUCAAAAAGAUCCGAAUCAGAGGAAUCUCAGCAGGAGCAACUCAAAGCACUCAAAAGAGACAGGCAUCUGAGUCUGAUAAGAACCCUGCACAUGGCGGACUUUAUCACUCUUCUUAAUGGCCUCUGUGGCGUCAUGAGCAUAUUCUCCUCUCUCCGCUACUGCCUCGGCGAUCCCUCUGACCACUUCAACCUCUGGCUCGCCAUCGUCUUCACCCCCUUCGGCCUCUUCUUUGACUUUAUGGACGGCAAAGUCGCCCGUCUGCGGAAAAAGAGCUCCCUCAUGGGCCAGGAACUCGAUUCCCUCGCCGACCUCGUGUCCUUUGGCGUCGCCCCCUCCGCCUGCGCCUUCUGCGUCGGCUUCCGCUCCGCCAUCGACAACGCCGUCCUCGUCUACUUUGUCCUCUGCGGCCUCGCCCGUCUCGCCCGCUUCAACGUCACCGUCGCAAACCUACCCAAGGACAAGUCCGGAAAGUCAAAGUACUUUGAAGGAACUCCCAUCCCGACAACCCUCUCGCUCGUCUUCACGAUGGCAUACUGGCUCCAUCGCGGCUGGUUACUCGACGACAUCCCGUUCGGCGUCGUCGGAAAGGGCGAGAUUUACGAGUUUCAUCCUGCCAUCGUUCUCUUUUUUAUCUCGGGAUGCGCCAUGAUCUCUAAAAGCCUCCACAUCCCCAAGAUAUAAUGUCUCUAAUAUCUCAAGAUAUUAAUCGUUUACUACUCUCUACUUUUCUUUUGACUGUAUUUUGAUAUGUAUGAGUGCUACAUAAAGCCACUCGCGACAAAUAGAUCAUACAGAUACUGCGACGCAAU